AUGGGGGAGACGGAGAAAGGUCUCCCAUCCCCCUCACUCCUUGGCGUCUCGACAAGAUAUCGAUCCAUACAUCGGCGGAUCCUGCGAAAUUUACUACCGAGUUUUCUUUUGCACAACACCACAGCUGCGAGAGAUGAGAUACGGCCGACGGAUUUCCUCGACGGCAUGCGAGGCUAUGCGGCCUUCAUCGUCUACUGUUGCCAUUUCUUCAUGCCGACACAUCCUCAGGCGAACCGCGGGUAUAGCGACUCCAAUGGCGACGAUGACCUCUGGUUUACCCAGCUACCAAUCAUCCGGCUAAUCUACAGCGGGCACGUCAGCGUCUUCCUAUUCUUCGUCAUCUCCGGCUUCUCCAUCUCUUUGAAGCCACUGAAGCUCAUCCGCAACGGAUCCUACAGCGCUUUCCUCGACACCAUGGUAUCUGCGACAUUCCGUCGACCAUGCAGACUCUACCUGCCAUGCUUGGUCACACUCGCAAUUACCUUCGUAGUUGCAUGUUGCGGAGCCUUCGACUUCUCGUACGCUCUAACAAAAAACUGGCCAUUUCUCAGCAAACCAUUACGGAUACCGAUUGCACAUCACUCGCUUUCGAAGCAAUUCGCCGACUGGACGGGCCAGGUGUGGACGUGGUCUGAUCCGCUUGCACGACGGACGCGACACCCGCCUUACGGCGUGCAACUCUGGACCAUUCCCAUCGAACUCAGCUGUUCCUUCAUCAGCUUCCUCGCGCUGAUCGGACUCGCAAAAGUACGGCCGGCCGCACGAAUGGGCAUUACCACUGCAAUUGCGGUGUACUUUUUGUUCCAAAAUCAUCCAGAGGCCACGCUCUUCCUUGCCGGGACUACGCUAGCAGAAUUGUAUCUUAUACGGCAAGAGCUUGCUGCUUCUGCGUCCAGUCGAAAUACCGAGUCUCGCAAGCAGAAGAUUCAAUCGAGUUUGUUGUUUGCACUUGGACUGUUUGUUUCGUCCUAUCCUGCUGCCCAUGGUGAAAAGGCGCUGUUUUCUGCCCCACUCCACUACAUUGCAAGUGCAGUAUUUGGCCCAUCGAUACGUUCUUCCAAUCUAUUCAUUACCAUAGGCACCGUACUACUAGUUUACGUUGUGUCUCGGUCGCCCUUUCUACAAUCCAUGUUUACCACGCAUGUUGCAAAGUAUAUGGGGAAGAUAUCGUUUGCACUGUAUUGUGUGCAUCAGGCUAUGAUUAAUAGCUUUGGGUACAGGAGUAUGUUGUUCUUGUGGUCGUUUACUGGGAAUGAUACGCUGUACCGGUAUGAAUUGGGUCUUGGUCUUUCAUGGGUCAUUCAGACGGUUGUGACGAUUUGGGCGGCAGAUGUUUUUUGGAGGUUCGUGGAUGUACCGAGUGUAGGGAUUAGUAAGUGGUUGGAGGAAUUGUGUCUUGUUAAGAGCUAG